AUGUCCAAUUUACUGAGUCAAUGGUUAAAACGCAAAGAUGUUGACAAUGAUCCUGACAAUAACAGCAAAAAAAUGAAAAAUGACACUAUGAUUAAUAUAACCGCACAGACAUCUGCAAGUUCAUCAUCGCUGAAUACACCAGUAACUAGUAUUUCAUCUGGUAGUGCCACUAUCACAUUUAAUUUAGAUAUAGCAAACUUUUUAAAAGAAUCUAACAUUAGUAUAACUGACCAUGACCGUGCUGUAUUGAUAAAAUCGAGUAAUAUACCUGAUAUUGAUUUUGUUUAUCCAUUUUCUAUACAUUCCAAAAAAGGCAAAGAAGAAAAGAGGUACCUAAGUAAAAUUUAUUUUGAGAAAUAUAAAUGGUUGACAUAUUCUAAAAAGAUGUCUGGAUUGUUUUGUAAAUAUUGUGUUUUGUUUAGUGAUAAAGGUGGUCGAUAUAAAACUAUUCAAUUAUUAAAAUUUGUUUCUAAACCACUUCAAAAAUAUGCCAAGCUCCUAGGUAAAGACGGAGAUCUAGAAGUUCAUAGUAGAAACCAUUAUCAUGUAGCUUGUGUUGAAGUUGCAGAUAAUUUUAUGACUACUUUUAAUAAUCCAAAAAAUGAAGUUAUAAAUUUGAUAAAUACCGAGAGAAAAAAACAGGUUGAAGAAAACCGGAAUCGUUUGAAACCUAUUGUGGAGUCUAUUAUAUUUUUAGGUCGACAGAAUAUUCCCUUUCGGGGCCACCGUGAUCACGGUAAUUUUUUUGAAAAUGAUCUCGUAAAAAAUUCUAUAGUUAAUAAAGGUAACUUUCGUGAACUUCUACAUUACCGAAUCAAUUCUGGGGAUUUAAUUCUAGAAAAGCAUUUGAAAACUACACAUUCUAAAGCUACAUAUAUCAGUCCUGUUGUUCAGAAUGAACUAAUUGAUUGUUGUAAAACAAUUGUAACAGAAAUAAUUUUAAAAGAAAUAAAAGAAUCAAAAUUCUAUUCCGUUAUUUUUGAUGAAACUACUGACAUUAGUCAUUCAUCUCAAAUGAGUUUAGUUAUACGAUACGUACAUAAAACAGUUGUAAAAGAAAAUUUUAUUGCGUUUAUCGAUUGUCAUGCAUAUGUUUACAAUACAGAUACAGAAAAAAACUUAGAACCAAAAUUAAAUGGUGAAGUUUUGGGUGACGCAGUAAUUUCAUUAUUACAAAAAUUUGAUUUAGAUCUUAAAUACUGCGUGGGCAUUGGAACAGACGGUUGUUCAGUUAUGGUAUCGUUAGUGCGAGGAGCUGUGCAAAAAAUUCAAUCAUAUGCCAAAAAUGCUAUCCAUUGCCCAUGUGCAAAUCAUGCAUUGAAUCUCUCUAUCUCAAAAUCAUCAUCAGUACAAAGUAUUAGGAACAGCGUAGGAUUAAUGAAAGAAAUAAUAGAGUUUUUCAAUUGUUCAUCUAAAAGAAAUUUUAUCUUAAAAACUGUCCUGGAUGGUCAGCCUCGUUUACAAAGUUUAUGUGAGACCCGCUGGAUAGAACGCCAUGACAGUGUUAUGAUAUUUAAAAAAUCUAUACCCUAUACGAUUGAUGCUUUAACUAAAAUUUCUGAAUGGAAUGAACUUGUCUCUUCAUCUAAAGCUAAAAGUUUAUUAACAGCUAUGUGCAGUUGUGAAUUUAUAAUCGCAAUUCAAUGUUUAUCAAAUAUUUUAUGUGUGACAGCUCCAAUGAGUCGUAUUCUUCAAGGCAUAAAUAAUGAUGUGUUAUGUGCUAAAAACUGUAUUGACGAUGUUAUUUCAAAUUUAGAAAAUAAACGUAAUAAUUGCCAAUCAAUAUUUGAAGAGAUAUUUAAAGAAUGCGAAGAGUUAAUGAUUGAAUUAGAUAUUGACGUUAAAGUGCCUAGAUUAUCAAAAAAACAAACCAACCGUGCUAACCAUCCGGCAAAAACAACAGAAGAAUAUUAUCGAGUUUCUGUUUAUAUACCUUUACUUGAUAACAUUAUUGAAGAUUUAAAAUCACGGUUCUUGAGUAAAGAAAAUAAGAUGUUAUUGAAUCUAUGCCUGUUAGUUCCACGAUACAUUGUAGAUAUUACUGAACUUGAUGAUAAAUUGGAACUACAGACAGAAUUGGAACUAUGGAAAACAAAAUGGCAGGGUGUAAAAAAUGAAGGCCAGGAACUUUGUCAAGACGCCUUGUUAUCAAUUGAUAACUGCAAUUCUAUUAUAUUCCCUAAUGUGCACAAAUUAUUAUAUAUAAUCGCUUCUCUGCCUAUUAGUGUUGCUUCUGCUGAACGCAGCUUCUCUACGCUUAGAAGGUUUGAAUGCAUGUGUUAAUUAAAAAGCAAUAAUAUUUACAUAUUUGAUG